UCUCCGUAGCUGGAGGCGUGCGGCCGACUUCUGUGCUGCGUGCAGAGGCUCUGCCGAAGCGGAAGUGCAACCGACGAGCCCGCCGAGCAUCGGCUCAACGCUCGCGGUCGGCGAGGAGCGCAAGCGGAGCCCGAGCUGGUCGAGGGUCAGGGUCCCCCGGGCCCGGAGGAUGGAAUGCUCGCUAUGCCCGUCAGCCCGAGUCCCGCGUCCACCUCGUCGCAGGAGGACGCCUGCAAACCGCCGCCGCGCAACUGCUAUCGUCUCGUCAUGCUCGGCAGUGCCCGGGUCGGAAAGACCGCCAUUGUAGCACGAUUUCUGUUCAACAAAUUCGAGGAGAGCUACACGCCGACGAUAGAAGACUUUCACAGGAAACUUUAUAGGAUCAGGGGCGAGAUUCAUCAGCUUGAUCUUCUAGAUACCAGCGGAAACCAUCCGUUUCCGGCGAUGCGACGAUUGUCUUUCCUGACGGGGGACCUCUUCGUCGUGGUGUUCAGCAUGGACUGCCGGGAGUCCUUCGAAGAGGCCAUCAGGCUGAGAGAGGCGAUUCUCGAGACGAAAGUGAGCGCGACCCAAAGUGCCACGAAGAGCAGAAGGGCUCACUACAGUCUGAAGGUCCCUAUGGUCAUCGUGGGGAACAAGUGUGAUAAGGAUGUUAAAACGGUCACGGUGGAGGAGGCCGAGCAAUAUUGCGUGAGUCAGGACGAGUGCUGCAUCUUCGUGGAGGUCUCCGCGAAACGGAACUAUCACGUGGACGAACUUUUUUAUCAGUUAUUCGUAGUGGCCGGUCUACCUCUGGAGAUGGCACCGAAUCAUCAUAGAAAAGUACCGCUCACCUUCGGCUCGCCGACCAUGUUGCCGCCGUCGCAGCCGCGACACAAAGCCACCCUCAGUAUAAAACGCCGACUGAGCGACGCUUGCGGCGUCGUGGCGCCGAACGUGCGCCGUCCCAGCAUUAGGACGGACUUAAUGAUCAUGCGGACGAAAACGUGUUCGCUCGCGGCUGGGAACGAGAACAAUACGCCAGGAUCCAGGAUCACGCUUAGAACAGGAAGAACGGAGUCCAGGAAGGCCUGCUCGAUACAGUGAUAUUGCAAGGCGGUUCUCACGCACGCGGACAAAUCUCUAGAAAUAUGAUAACGCGUUUCAGAGCGAUCUUCGGAAACGAGUAUCGUUACUUAUCGUAACAUUCGCAUCUUUGUCCCCCGUCAUUUUACUACGGUCGUUGCGCGCGAGGUGCUCUACCCUUUUCGCUUGUACUAACUCAUAUUAUUGGCUCUUAGUAUUAUUAUUUCAAAUCUUUAAUAAAAUAUAAUCUUUCUCCAUGAAUACGCGUCACUUGCAGCGAAACGAGAAAAACAGAGAGAUAACUAAAUUUGUCCAGCGGAAACCUUACGCAAUACCGUAAAUCACGCGGAACUUUCACAGGUUUACAAUUGUCAGACUUCACUGCAAGUGCGAAAGCAAACCCUCGCGAACGAAGAUCGCCAAGGGGAAAUCAUAUUUAAACCGACCACGCUACUCGCCUUAAUUAAUUAAUGAAAUAUAGCUUUAGCGUAAUGUCCCGAAGGUAACACGCAUAAUUAACUUAAGAUGUGACCGAGCGGGAGAAAAAGAGAGAAAGAUAGAGAUAGGAAGGGGGUGGGGGGUGGGGGGAAGCCGUUACGUUAAUUAUUCGUUGUCGAUCAAACGUUAAACGGGAAAUCGAUACCUCGAGCAACACGGACGAGAGAUCGUUUGACAUUCGAUCGGAGGGCUCUCCGAUAGCGGCGAGAUGAUCGCGUUGCACGAAAGGGAGCGUGUUAUUCCUCUCUUAUUAGGUACAAAUUUUUAUCGAAAUUAUUCGCGGCAAAGAAUCCUCCCGGCGGGGAAUAGAUGAAUUUGCGCGAUCGGUGAGAGGUCGACAAGUGUCAGCGUUGUGUCGGUAAUGAGGGGGAUUGCGAAACGCGGUGAGAAAGCUUUUUACCGGAUUAGUUAACUGCGCCCAUCGUAGCCUUACUCGAGCUCCGACACGCGAAGGAGCGACGUUUAUACUUCCGCAUGAGAUCUAGAGCGUUGUAAUUCCAUUAAUAGCACUUGAUACGAGGAACGAAUAUUUGACCGCGUAGACCGUCGUUCCUUCCGCUGAAAUCUCUCCGCGUGUGCAUAAGUGUAUUAUUAUAUCGACUUUUGUUAGGGAUAAAUAGUCCGCGAAUUUAACUCGUUACUUUCAUAUCUCGCGUCCAGUCUCGUACGGCGGUUUGCCCGCUUUCGACGCGCGCGCGCGCGACCAACGAGAUGCCGCAUUGUUAACGACGAGACUCGCGUUACACGCCACAUGCGUACAAAAUCAAUCGAUACUUCCGUAUCUCGACCUCCUUUCCUAUACGCAUCUCGGAACUUGUUGAAAUGCAUCGGGCGGGCGCGCGCAAAAUUAUCGCAUCAUCAGAUUGCGCAUGCAUAUUAUUUAAAUUGUAAUCAGGUUAAAAAAUACAUGUAUGCAGAUUUAUAAAUCCGGGAGCUCUCCGUGCCCGAUGGUAACAACAAGGGGCUUUAUUUGCGAAUAUUCUACGCAAUUUUUUUUUAGCUUACCUCCUGCGAAAUUGCGCGACGAACAAGAGAGGUAGGUAUACUUAUCCGACAAGUGGACGCUACUUCAACGAAUAAGAUCUCGUUGAAAUUUUCUGAAACUUAUCCGUCUUAGUUUACAGAGAUAUACUUUUCCUACCUACCGGAUCAUAGAUCUCGAACGAUAAAAUAUUAUAGGCACGUAGAUCUCUCUGUGCGUGCGCGCGUGUGUAUGUAUGUGUGUGUGUGAGUGUGAGAGAGAGACAGAGUACUCGAGAUGUGGAUAAGCAUUCUUUCUCUUCCCAUAGGCUCGGCUAUAGUUCUCUCUAAGGUACAAUCAAUUUGACCAAUUAGGCAGCCCGUAAGUCGAUUCUGACCGAAAAAAAAAUCAAGCGCGAGGCUUCGCUCGGCAGAGUCGCACGUGCCGCAGGUGGUAAAGAUAAGCAAAAGAAGAAAACUGGUUAGUCGCGCGACAUGUGCACAAUCAUGUUCGCAUUUUGUAUCGAAUAAAUGACAUUUUCUCCA